GCGACGACUACCACGAUGGCCGGACGUGCGGUGCUUGCGGCGGUCCUGCUGUGCGCGGCGGCGGCCAUGGCUGCGGCGCAGUCGGCGACCAACGUGCGCGCCACCUACAACUACUACAGCCCCGAGAAGAUCAACUGGGACCUCAACACCGCCAGCGCCUACUGCGCCACCUGGGACGCCAACAUGUCCUUCGCCUGGCGCUCCAAGUACGGCUGGACCGCCUUCUGCGGGCCCGCUGGGCCCACCGGUCAGGCGUCCUGCGGCAAGUGCCUCCGGGUGACCAACCCAGCGACCGGCCAACAGAUCACGGCAAGGAUCGUGGACCAGUGCAGCAACGGCGGCCUAGACCUCGACUACGACACGGUGUUCAGCAAGAUCGACGCGAACGGGCAAGGUGUAAAUGAUGGCCACCUCACCGUCAACUACCAGUUCAUCGACUGUGGCGACAACUAGGGACGAAUUGGUGCCCGGACACUAAAUAAUAAGCCACUAGAAAUAAUGAUGUAUUUGCCGUUAUGCAGACCAUAAUAAACUGUAAUAACUUGGAUUGUGACGGAUCCAAUGUUUAAUUAUCAAGGAAUAAAAGUUUAUUUGCAUUA